UCUGACGCUCCUCCCUCUGACGCUCCUCCCUCUGGUGCUCCUCCCUCUGACGCUCCUCCCUCUGACGCUCCUCCCUCUGACGCUCCUCCCUCUGACGCUCCUCUCUCUGACGCUCCGCCCUCUGACGCUCCUCCCUCUGGCGCUCCUCCCUCUGACGCUCCUCCCUCUGACGCUCCGCCCUCUGACGCUCCUCCCUCUGACGCUCCGCCCUCUGACGCUCCUCCCUCUGACGCUCCUCCCUCUGACGCUCCUCCCUCUGACGCUCCUCCCUCUGACUCUCCUCCCUCUGACGCUCCUCCCUCUGACGCUCCUCCCUCUGACGCUCCUCCCUCUGACGCUCCUCUCUCUGACGCUCCUCCCUCUGAUGCUCCUCCCUCUGGUGCUCCUCUCUCUGACGCUCCUCCCUCUGACGCUCCUCCCUCUGACGCUCCUCCCUCUGGUGCUCCUCCCUCUGACGCUCCUCCCUCUGACGCUCCUCCCUCUGACGCUCCUCCCUCUGGUGCUCCUCCCUCUGAUGCUCCUCCCUCUGACGCUCCUCCCUCUGACUCUCCUCCCUCUGACUCUCCUCUCUCUGACGCUCCUCCCUCUGGUGCUCCUCCCUCUGACGCUCCUCCCUCUGACGCUCCUCCCUCUGACGCUCCUCCCUCUGACGCUCCUCCCUCUGACGCUCCUCCCUCUGACUCUCCUUUCUCUGACGCUCCUCCCUCUGACGCUCCUCCCUCUGACGCUCCUCCCUCUGACGCUCCGCCCUCUGACGCUCCUCCCUCUGACGCUCCUCCCUCUGACGCUCCUCCCUCUGACGCUCCUCCCUCUGGUGCUCCUCCCUCUGAUGCUCCUCUCUCUCACUCUCCUCCCUCUGACGCUCCUCCCUCUGACGCUCCUCCCUCUGAUGCUCCUCCCUCUGGUGUGAUGGAAGUAGGCUUCCACGUCUGUGCUCUGAGUUCCUAG